AUGAUAGCUAUUUUGAUUGUACACCAGUUGAAUUACUCAUCACUAUGGACACGUUUGGGUUUUAGCGACGCUGCAAUCUCGAAAACUAGUAAUGAUCAUUUGUUUAUUAUUAUCAUGUCUUCUUAUACGCGGGCAAAUGGCCGAUCACCGUACUACAUAAAGAAAGCUGUUAAAUCAAUACUUUCUCAAUCAUACUCCAACUGGGAACUAUUUGUUACAGGAGAUAAGUACGAAAACGAAAGUGAAUUUCGUUCACUUUUUACGAUUAUACCAUCAUCAAAGUUGUAUCUGUACAAUCUACCAAAACCCGGAGAGCGAGGUAAUUUAACUGGCAUUCAGCUAUGGCAAAGUGGUGGUGUUUCGGCGAUGAACAACGCAAUAGAGCGUGCCGAACGACAUCACAAUCCUUGUGGAACAGCGUGUAACAUAUAUGUUACGAAUCUUGACGAUGACGAUAUCUGGUCUCCAGAACAUCUGAGUGAACUACUGUCGAUUUUUAUACAUUUUCCAUCGGUCGUUUUCGCAUGGACUAAAGGAUAUUUUUGCCAUAGUGGUGGUAAUCCAUAUCCAUCUAUAAUAGUUCCACAAGACAAAGUCAACAAUUGGCUUAAAUCCUUUGGUGGUAAUAUAUUGCAUUCUUCUUGGGCAUGGAACAUGAAGGUUUUUCGUGGUUUCCGAUAUCGCGGACAAUGGGAUUUUCCACCAAAUUUUAAAGGACCAAAAACAGCGGACUAUGAUUUGUUUGAGGUAAUACGUGCAUAUGUUCUCGCAAAAAAUUUACAUUACUAUCAUAGCAAUCGAGCUACCAUCGAACAUCUCGUUGAAAUGGGGAAUUCAUGCAUUAAAAAUGGAACAUUAUGGCAACCUGACUAG